UCAUCUAUGAAGUAUGCAGUACUACUGCAAGCACAAUCUUCUGCAGAGCUGAACUAUCUUGCAUCAACUUCACUGUCACUUCACCAGAAAAAGAAUUAUUAAAAGUGGAAAAAAAAAAAAACCCCACCUCUGAAUGGAUCCUCUAUCAGCUCUGCGUGACUUCACAAUCCGCGGCGAACUCGACAAGGUCACCCAGACGGAAAAUGAAAUCCGCUUCGGCUCCGACUACACUUUCGCUUCUUCGAUCGAGACCCCUUUUCGUUCCAAACAAGGCAAUCUCUACACUCUCCAAACCCUGGUUUUCUUCAUCAAAAACUACAGUCUCAAGCACACUGAGUACAUCCAGACCGCCCGUGCCCACCGCAUCCCUCCCGUUACUCUCCCUGAUCGCAAACCCCUCUUCGAAUACCUCACCGGUAAAAUCGACUCCUCCGACCAGAUCGAAUUCCACCUCCCCCAAAACCCUAACUCUCUCGAUGGGCCCCACAAAGAAACGUUUACUAACGGCGAUGAGAUUCUGAGGAGCAAUAAUUAUAAUAGCAACAAUGUUACGGCUGUUGAUGACGGAAAAGGUUUUGAAAAUCUUGAAAACGUUGAUUACUUGGCUUUGAUUAGAGCGGCGGAGAAACCGUUGAAGGACCGUGAGCAGUUGUUGGAGUGUAAAAACAGUGAUUUCUAUAGUGUUCUUGUGUCGUCGACGAGACGGGAAGAGGAGAGACAGCGAAUUGAGUCGCAACAGAGGAAGGAUGGGUUAGUGGCGAAGAAUAGGCUAAUGGGAGUUGACGAAAGAGGGCUAGGUUACGGUGGUGAUGAGGGUUUCGAAACAACGCCCAAGCCGAAGAUGUUGCAACUGAAAGGUGGGAAGAUUGGUGAAGGCGUGCCGAUAAUACUGGUGCCCAGUGCGUUCCAAACUUUGCUAACGAUUUACAAUGUGAAAGAGUUUUUGGAAGAUGGGGUGUAUAUUCCUACUGAUGUCAAGGUGAAGAACAUGAAUGGGGUGAGGCCGGAGUGUGUGACAGUGCAGAAGAAGUUUAGUAGGGAUAGAGAUCAGGUGGUGAAGGCGUAUGAAGUGAGAGACAAGCCCUCGGCGUUGAAGGCUGAGGACUGGGACAGGGUUGUGGCGGUUUUUGUGUUGGGGAAGGAGUGGCAGUUCAAAGAUUGGCCCUUCAAGGACCAUGUGGAGAUUUUUAACAAAAUUAUUGGAUUUUUCAUGCGGUUUGAAGAUGACAGUGUGGAGUCUGCAAAGAUUGUGAAGCAGUGGAAUGUAAAAAUUAUUUCUAUUAGCAAGAACAAGCGCCACCAAGACAGAGCUGCGGCUUUAGAGGUGUGGGACAGACUAGAAGAAUUUGUUCGGUCACGGUCUCAUUCCUAAAGAGUGCAGAGUUUGAGAGAAUAUUUGUAUGUAUGCUUCUAUAAAGUCUCUUAGUUGUGACCAACAUUUUUGAUGUAACUGUGAAAUUUGUUAUAAUCUUUCAGAAAUUUAACUCUUUAGUCUCUUUUAGGUUAUGUGGUAAAACGUUUACAAUUAAUGUGGAUUAUUAUCAUACAAAUACUUGUUAUACACUUACUUUAUUUUUU